AUGGCCCCGCGCCGUAGUGCGGAAGUCGUUCAGGAGCCCCAGCUGGGAGGACUGGCUUUCAACGAGCCAUUGUCAUGGCGUGCAGGAAAGCCCAUUCCCACCGGGGAACUCCUGAGGAGGCUCGGCGCCCUUAGCAGCGAGCUGAGUGAUAUGGAACAGGAGGACACGGAUAAGGAUUCGCUGACGGAUGUCGCAAAGCAACUCGCGGGGCAGAAUCUGCUAGGACAUAAGGACAAAGGGGUACGCGCAUUUACAGCUUGCUGCUUGGUAGAUGUGUUGAGGAUUUGCGCUCCAGAUGCCCCAUUUACGGCGACAAUGCUCAAGGAUAUCUUCACACUGUUUAUUACAUCGAUCCUCCCAGCCCUAUCCGACCCCUCCCAUGCCUACAAUACACAACACAAAUACGUUCUAGUUUCUCUUGCAGAGGUCAAGAGUAUCGUCCUUCUUACAGAUAUCCCCAACUCCGAAGCUCUUAUGCAUCAUCUCUUCGUUUCUUUCUUCGACAUAAUAUCUGGUUCCUCAAAGGCUUCGACUGGCGAACAGAUAGCAAAGGAUGUCGAGUAUCAUAUGACCCAGAUGAUGGUGACGCUGGUAGAUGAGUCGGCGAGCCUCCCUCCUGCGAUUGUAGACGUUAUCAUUGCCCAAUUCCUGCGCGCAGCUGCUCCAGGGGCAGGCAAGACACAGCUUGACGACAAGCAAUCGACCCUCUUGAUGAAAGAGCUUCCAGCAGCAUACAAUAUGGCAAGAACGAUAUGUAACUCUUGCCCGGAGAAGAUGGCCCGGUACGUCAGUAUGUACUUCAACGAGGUGAUCAUGGAGGUUUCGGCCUCCAGUGGACCCUCCAAGCCGAACGGCCAUCGGAGGACGAGUGACGCUGUCGAAUCCGAUGAAGAGGGGCCUACUGGACCAACAGAAGCAGAUUUGAAAGAGCUUAACAAAGCACACCGGCUACUUCGAGAGUUGUGGCGGGCAUCACCUCCGGUAUUACAAAAUGUCAUUCCUCAGCUGGAGGCAGAGCUGUCUGCGGAGAAUGUACAGCUGCGGUUGCUAGCUACGGAGACUCUGGGGGAUAUUAUAUCUGGGAUUGGAGCAGCUGGGCCACCUCCACCUCCCGUCAUGGACCCGGCUGCGUACCCACCUGCAAAACUAGACGACUAUCAAGCCCCCGUCUCGGAUAACAUCCUCCUCACACCCGUCUCACCACAGUCCUUUUCGCAGACCUACCCAUCUGUGUACCACAGUUUCUUAGGGAGGAAAAACGACAAGUCACUCACCAUCCGUUCAGGAUGGACAACAGCAAUUGGUCGAAUCCUCGUGACUUCAGCUGGGGGGAUUGGGCUCAGCCGAGAAGAUCAGAAUUCGUUAGUUAAAGGACUUGCAGAAAAGUUGAACGACGCAGACGAGAGAGUAAGGUUGGCUGCGGUCAAAGCUGUAGCGGGCUUCACGUUUCAAGAUGUCAUGGCCAAGCUUGCUCUAAAUGGAGGUGUUAAUAAAGAUGGUUCUGUUUUGUGUAGUCUGGCGGACCGGGCACGAGAUCGCAAACACUCUGUUCGAGUAGAAGCCAUGACCACCCUCUGUAGGAUAUGGGGCGUAGCUUCUGGCGAGAUUGCGGAAGGGAAUGAGGCUGUCAUUUCGGCACUGGGAACUAUUCCGUCCAAGGUCUUUAACGCGUACUACACCAAUGAUCUGGAGCUUAACGUUCUUCUAGACCACGUCAUGUUUGAGCAGCUCAUCCCACUCAACUACCCCCCGACUAAAACCAAGGGUUCGAAAGCUGCCAAUGGUGAUUCUCAAGCAAGCCAGACAAAUGGAGCCGUGCCGUUUGACGCCGACAAGAUCCGCACAGAGCGGAUCCUGCUCGUCGUAAAGUCUCUUGAUUCCAAGUCGAAGAAGGCUUUCUUUGCGUUGCAAGCUCGCCAAUCGACGUAUUCCAAUGUCUUGUCAGCUUUCAUCAAAUGCUGCGAGGAAUACAAUGGAGGUGUCAUGGAUGAAGGUGCGAAGGAGAUCAAGGCAAAGCUUGACGCUAUAAUCAAAUGGCUCGCUGACCUUUUACCUGACCCUCUGAGGACGACUCAUGAGCUGCACAAGUACGCAAAGCUUCACGAUCGGAGGAGUUAUCAACUUCUCAGAUUUGCAAUCGCUUCUGAGAGUGACUUCAAGACAGUCCAUAAUGGAAUCAAAGAAUUCACGAAGCGCAUUAAGGAUUCAAAGGAAGCGCCAGCUGGUCUUCUACAAACUCUCAUGCCAAUCAUAUACCGCUCUGCAUCAUUGGUCUACAAUCGCAGCCAUCUCCCCGCUAUCCUACAGUAUUCGAGAAGUGAUGAGAACGGAUUAGGCACGACGGCACACGAGGUCAACCGGGAGAUCUCAGAGAAGAUGCCACAAGUCUUCCGAUCCAACGUCAAAGAACUAUGCAAGUCUCUGGAGCAAGAUGCUCCUUCCUCGACUAGAUCGAAUGACCUAGGGAGUGUGGAAACACUAAGGGCGUGUGCAGAGUUUGCAAAGAGUCGACCGGGAGACCUUCCUCGCGAACGCAAAUUUAUCCAAGCUCUGAUCAGUUAUGCGCUGUACGGAACCCCGGCAAAGGCUGCCAAAUAUGCCGUGAGAAUCUUGAUGGCUGCCACAGACCGGAAAGAGAUGCACACGAAAGAUCUGCUGGAGAAGACUGUGAACAACUGGGUCUAUGGGGAAAAGCAUUUCUUGACCAAGCUGGCGACCAUCAGCCAAUUGUCCCUGGAGGAUCCGAAGAUCACGGAUGAAUUCAAUGACGAGAUCCUCGAUAUCACUAUCCAGAAAACUCUUCUCCAGGUUCAGACAGCCGCACAAGACACGGAUCGAAGCUGGCAGCCUGAUUCGGAGCUCGACGAUGAGUGCCAAGCCAAAUGUUGGGCCCUUAAGAUUCUCGUGAACCGUUUGAAGACGGUCGAAGAUCCAGAAACCGCCAAGACCCUCGCUGGCCCAGUAUACAAGCUGCUGAACGCGCUGAUUGCCAAGGAGGGAGAGCUGUCAAAGGAGGGCAAUACGCCAAAACACCAUAAGACUCGAUUGCGCCUCCGUGCAUCACAGUUGAUGCUGAAGCUAUGCAGGAGCAAGCUUUUCGACGAUCUCUUGAAACCGACCGAUUUUAACCGGCUCGCCCUCGUCGCACAGGAUAAACACCCGAACGUUCGCCGCGGCUUUAUCGAAAAACUCCAGAAGUAUUUAGUAAAGGGCCAACUUCCCAACCGGUUCUACACGAUUAUAUUCCUCACGGCUUUUGAGCCAGAGAUUGAUUUCAAGAAUUCCAUCAUUACAUGGGUCCGUUCCCGCGUGAAGGGGUUCCACGGGAAGAAGCUGUAUGUCAUGGAAUCUACCUUGCCACGUCUUUUAUCGCUUCUUGCCCAUCAUCCCGAUUACAGUACAGUCCCUGAGGAGCUACUCGACCAUGCACGUUAUAUCCUUUAUUACCUGACCACGGUCGCUUCAGAAGAGUACCUGGCACUGAUCUACAAAUACGCCGAGCGGGUCAAGCAGGCUCGCGAUGGCAUCGAAGAUAAGAAUUCCGAGAAUCUAUACGUUCUCAGUGACCUUGCGCAGACCGUCAUCAGGAAAUGGGAGCAGAAGAAGGGGUGGAAUAUGCAGACUUGGCCUGCCAAGGUGGGAUUGCCAGUCGGUAUCUUCGCUGCACUGCCUAGCCACGAGGUGGCUCAGGAGAUCGCCGAGAAGCAGUACUUACCAGAUGACAUGGAUGACAGUCUUGAUAAGUUAGUCAGACAAGUUGACAAGAAGAAGAAACGGAGGACCGAAGACGAAGGCGACGAUUCUCACCCUACCGCCAAGAAGCAGAAAUCGGAAUCCAAACCAAAAGCCGCAAGACCUUCGACAGCCAAGAAAGAGAGGCCCGCAGGGAAAACGCCUGCCAAGACUAGGAAGCGAAAAGAGAGUGAUAUCUUGAGCACACCUGCCCCGAGUUCUACGGAUAGGAGGCGGAGUGGAAGAGCGGCGAGUGCGAGGAAGAAUUAUGCAGAUCGUGAUGAUAGCGAAGAUGAUGAGGAGAUGUGGGAUGGGGUUGCAGAAUGGGAGUACAUCCAAGACGACGGAGGAGACGGAGAUGCGGGGGAGGAGGAGGAUGGGAACGAAGGAUCUGACAUUGCAUCCGAAGACGAGAAAGCGGAACCUGAACCCACCGUCGAAGAAGUUGCAUCCAAGCCAACUUCUCCUGAGCCAGAACCCGCUGUGGAAGAAGCUUCAUCCAGGUUAACUACUCCCGGAUCGACGUCAGAAGAGCAAGAAGAGCAAGAAGUUGAGCCGACACCAUCACGAUCAACCCGGAAGAAGGCGCCAAAACCAAAACCCAAACCAGGUAAAAAGGCUACGAGUGCAGCCAAACCCGAAGCAACAGCCAAAGUCACGAAGCAGAAAGCCAAGUCUCCAGUCGUAUCAAAGGGCAAAGCAAAGGCCCCGGCGAAGCCAGCCACCAGAAGUAGUAGAAGGGCGGCGAGUCAGGCAAAGGAUGUUUUCGACAUGGAUGAUGGGUCGGAGUGA